GACGGGAUAACAGAAAGAGAGAGGGAGAUAGAGGGACACCGGCCACUACACCACACACCCCACACCAGGGAAUAUACUAUAGAACAGCCCCGGACAAAAGAUGUUCAAGAAAAAGGAGUCCUACAGUCCUGCGAAAGUUACGCAGGACCAGGUCAGCGAACUGACUUUCCUGAUAGCGCGCAUGCAGAGGAAUGCCGAUCAGGUGGAAAAAAAUAUCUUGCGCGCUGAAGAUCUCUUGGCUGUGGACAAGCAGAACGAGCAGAAGGGCCUGCCCCUGAAGCACCAGAAGGACAAUGCAGACAACCUGGCCGAGGCCGAGGGCCUCCUCAAGGACCUCUUCCUGGACGUGGACAGGGCCAAGAAGCUCGGCCACCCGCAGGCCUCCGAGAUCGAGAACGACGUGAGCAAUCUCCACGACCGCUGGUUUAAGGACUGUGCCUCCUAUCGGGACGUGUAUGAGCAGGUGGAUGAUGUGGAGCUCAAGCCCAGGAUCGACUGGGGCCAGGUGCUCGCUGACAAACAGAGACUAGUGGAGUCGGAUGAGUAUGGGCCCACCCUCUCAGACGUGGAGAAGCAGAUCGCCUCCCAUAACAUCCUGCACAAGGAGAUCGAGAGCUAUAAGACCCAGCUGAAGGGCAGCUCCGCGGACACAGCAACCACUCAGAGACAGUGUGCGAAGCUGCUGGAGAGCUCCCUGGCCCGGCGUAACAACCUGGCGACGCUGUAUGAGUACAUGAGUGGCUGCAAUAAGGAGCUGGCCUACCUGAGCGAGCAGGAGGACAAGAUCGCCAGCCGCGACUGGAGCGACCGCAUGGUGGACGCCCCCAGCGUGCGCAUGGAGUACGAGAGAUUCAAAAACAGUGGGCUGCUGUCGCAUGAAGGUGAAACUACCAGACUGCAGGAGGAAGCGGACAAUCUUGUUGUGGCGGGCCACCCGGCUCGCCCACUCAUAAAGUCCCUGGACAGCGAGGUGCAGAAUGAGUGGCAGAGAUUCCUCAACCUCCUCAUUUGCCAAGAGACACAUCUGGACAACGUUGAGGAUUACAAGAGGUAUCAGCUGGAUAUGGAGACCUUCUCGGAGUCCCUGAAGAGGAUCAACUCCACCAUGGAGCCCAAGCAGCUGGAGAGCAUGAGCAACCUGGAGAGGCAGAUGCACAUAGAGGGAGAGGAGAGGGCUGUGGAGAGGAACGAGCAGCGGCUGGCCGACCUGAGGGAGCUGAGCACCUCCAUCGCUCCUCUCCCCCUCCGCCGCACCCGGCCCGCCAAGAAGGCCCCGGUGGUCGCCCUGUGUGACUGGACCACUGACAAGACCUCAGCCAAGAGAGGGGAAAAGUUCACCCUGAAGUCCAACACCAAUGAUGAGACCUGGGAUGUUGAGACCAUGGGUGGUGUAACAAAGUCACUGCCUUCUGUCAUCCUACUGAUCUUGCCUCCAGACAAGGAUGCCAUUGCUAAGGUGGACAGUCUGGGUGGCCAGCUUGCUGACCUGAAGAGAAGAAGAACUGCUCUGCUGGCUCCCUCCAGACCCAUUAUGGAAGUCAAAACCGCCAAUGUCAACGUUGUCUCGUCUCCCCCGCCGGGCGACGGGCUAAAGGCAAGGGACCUCACCAGCCGUCUGGAGAAGGUCAAUAAUGACCUUGUGAAGACAGAGAAGGGCAUCCUAGAUCGUCUCCGAGCCCCACUGGACCGCAAGAACCCCACGCAAGAUCUGGCAAAGCGAAUCGAUGAUCACGAGAAAAGCGUCUCAGAGAUAAACCACUUGGAGGCCGAGAAGGCAGCUAUUCAGAGGGAGAUGCAGCCCCUGGUGGCCCAGACGGCCUCGUCAACGCUGCCCACCAAGCUGAGUGCCGUCAACAACAAGAUGGACAAUGUCACCAAUCUUGCCAACACCUACAAGAAAAAGGCCAAUGCAACCAUGUUCUUGGAGGGCCAGAUUAAGAAGGUGGACACGAUGCUGAGUGGAUUUGAGAAUCGCCUUGUGAAGACUGACACCAUUCCUGAUGAACCCAAUGCCAUCGAGACACGCACCCAGGAAGUUCAGGCCAUCCAAAAAGAUGUGACGGGCAGAAAGGAUGACAUGCUGAAACUGGACAGGGACCUUGAGAGCACCGGCCAGCUGUGCAGCUCCCUGCAGAAGAACCACCAGGAGUACUGCCCCGACCUGCGCCGGCAGGAGGGAGUCGUCAAACGCCUGAAGAACCGCUUUGCCAACCUCAACAAUCAGCUGCAACAGAGGUCUAGUCAGUUGCAGGAUAUAGGCAAGAAGAACCAGGACUUCCAGACAACUGUCAAAUCUCUGAACGCCUUCUUGAUAAACAUGCCCAACAACAAGCUACAGGCUGAUGAUGACCUUGUUCAAAUCAAAACCAAACAGAACUCUCAGAAGAGGGUAGUGGAGGACAUAAAGAGAAAAGAAGACGAUGUGGAUCGCGUAGCGUUGCUGGCAGACGAUCUGCAAAAACUCCUGAGUGAAUAUGAUGCAAACACGCAAAAGUACCGUCAUAUUCUGAACAUCCCAGAGGAACCAGAGGAAGACCGCUUUGACCUCCUCGAUGCCGUGCAGCAGAAGGAAAAGGAUGUGGUGAAUCUUUACUCUGAGGUUCUUGCAGAGAAUGAACAGCAGCUUAAGCAAAUGGAUGUGGCCAAAAACAUCAUCAAUAAGAACGACGAGGUCGUGAGCCGCGUUGUGGUGAAGCAGCAGAUGCAGAUGCAGAGUCAGCAGAGGAACCAGGUGGAGGUGGACGGCCUGAAGAGGGAACUCGGGGACGAGAUCAACAGGCGCACACACACCGAGAACGACCUGGAGAUCUACCAGAAGAGGCUGCAGUCCCUGCGGAGCAGACGAGGUGUGGAGCGCCUGGAGGAGAAAGAGAUCGUGCAGUACUACCGCGACCCCAAGCUGGAGGCGGAGAUCGAAGCCCUAAAGAAGAAGGUCGGCGAAGAGUCUAAGAAGCGCACGGGCACCCACACCGAGAUUGACGUCAUGAAGCAGAAGAUCCUUCGCCUGGAACGCGAGCUGGCGAGCAUCGAACCCAAAAUGGUGACCAAGGUGGUCACCGAAUAUGAGAAAGACCCCCAACUGGACAAGGAGAUGGAGAGGAUAAGAGAGGAAAUGCGCAGGCUCAGAGAUGAGGUCACCGUCCGCCACAGAGAGUCGCUGCAGCUCCACACCACCAUCACCACCUUGGAGCAGAAGAGACCAACCAUCAGGGAAAGGGUCGUAAAGAAGGAAGUGAUUAGACUUGAAAAGGAUCCAGUCAUGCUCAAAGCAGUUUAUGGAUUCCAGAAUGAUAUCGCAGACGAGCAGGCCAGGUGCAAGGGCUUGAAUGACGAUAUUUUUCAGACAAGGAGCAAGAUCAACACACUCGAGAGGAUCAUCCCAACAGUGCAGCCGAAGAUCAUAACCAAGGAAGUCACUAAAGUGGAGCAAGACCCAGAGAUGCUGAGCGAGUCCAAAACUCUCCACAACAGCCUCAACAGACAGAUGCAGGACACCAAUGACCUGCUGAAGGAAAUCACCACUCUCAGGCUCCGCUACAGCGAAGAGCAAAAACUGAAACCAAGGAUGGAGGUGAAAGAGAUCAUCAACGAGAUCUACAGAGUGGACCCGGACACAGAGGUGGAGCUGAGGCGGCUGAAAAGGGACAUCCAGCAGUCCGGUCGCCGUCGCACGGACCUGGAGAGGGAGAUGGAGGUGAUCAACACAGAGCUGUACACACUGCGCUCCCAGAAGCCCAAGGUCGAGUACAAAGAGGUAACCCAGGAGGUGGUCAAGGAGGAGAGGAGCCCCGAGAUCGUCAGGGAGAUGCAAAGGCUGAACGACCAGCUCACUCUGCUGAGGACCCGAUACGAAACGACCCACACCAAAGUCGGCAUCUUGAGCAGCCAGAGGGAUGACCUGAAGACUGAGAAAUCAAAGGUGACCACAAACCUUGUGAACAAGGAAGUAAUCAAGUACGAGAACGACCCACUGUUGGAGAAGGAGGCUGACCGACUGAGGAGAGAUGUCCGCGAUGAAACUCAACAGCGCCGUCAUGUGGAAGAGGCUGUGUUUGACCUUCAGCACAAAUACCUCUUGCUCGAGAGGCAGAAACCAGAGGAGAAGAUCGUCCUUCAGGAAGUGCUGCGUCUUGAGAAGGACCCGAGGCAAAUCAUGGAGCAUGAGAGGCUGAGCAGAAAUAUGGAUGAUGAGCUGAAAGCCCGCAGGAGGUUGGAGUUGGAAGUGAAGGACCUAAGGGCCUUAGUUCUAGAGAAGGAACGGCAACUGGCAGAGAUGGACGACCGUCAGAAGAAGAUCUUGGUUGAGACAGAGUUAAGACAGAUCAAAAAUAAAAUCUAUGAGCUUGAACAUGCCCCAGCCCCAGUUGAAGAAAGAAUUGUAAUAAAGGAGAUUCUUAAAGUGGAACGUGAUCCCAAACUAGAUGUGCUGAUUACUGGGUCACGUGUGGAUAUGGAAAAAGAAGAAAAUCUAAUUUCUCGCUUGGAGAGAGACAUCAGAAACCUACAAAUCAAGUUGGACAUCUUGAGGAAAGAGAAAUCACUGGAGAAGAUCGUAUACAAAGAGGUGAUAAGAGUCGAAAAAGAUCCAACUCAAGAAGCUGAGAGAUCUGAUUACAGGUCUCAGGUGUCCCAGGCGAAGAAUGCCAGACGUGACGUGGAGGAAGAACUAGAGCGUCUCAAUACCAGACUAACACGACUGCACACAUCAAGGUCAUCGUCAUCCCAGGAAGAGACUACUGUGACCCUGAAGAGGGACAAUCUGCAGAGGGAGAAAGACAAUCUCUUGGAUGAGCUGAGGAGGCUGGAGAGCGAUAAAGAGACCACCACCAUCUCCUUCCAGCAGCAGUCCCGACUACUCAGCGAGAGAAACCAGCAGACCAGGCAGAAGAGCAUUAAAAUGGAGUCUGAGGUGCUGCGUCUGGAGAAGGACAUUUCGGACGAGAAGGAAACGAUCCACAAGAGGGACAUCACCAUCAUGGAGCUGCAAGGUACCCUGAAGAACGAGGACCACAACGAGACCCACACGAGGGAAACCAACGUGUCCACCAGAAUCACCAUCCUCGAUCCAGAGACCGGAAAGGACAUGUCACCGUACGACGCCUACGUGUUAGGUCUGAUUGAUCGCAAUCAGUACAUGCAUCUCCAGGAACUUGAAUGCAACUGGGAGGAGAUCACCACAGAGGGCAGUGACAUCACAGACACGUCUGUGCUGCGGGACCGCAAGAGUGGCAAGCAGUACUCCAUCACGGAAGCACUGAAAGCUGGAAGGCUGACCCAGUACGACCUGCAGCUCUACAAAGACGGCAAGAUGCCCAUAUCUGAGUUUGCCCUCUUAGUGGCGGGAGAGAAGAAACCCCCCAGCCUGCUGAGGUCCCUCUCCAAAUCCACUCCUGACUUAAACUCACCGACUUACAGCCCCACCUACUCCAGCCCCACCUCCAGUGGCUUAUUCAACAGAUCUCAGUCUAACGGCAGCCUCAACACCCUGAUCAACCCCGCCAAUCCAGAGGAGCACUUCCCCAUCUCCGGCGUCAUCGACGUCACAACGAACAGCCGCAUGUCGGUGCGCAGCGCUAUGACCCGGAAGCUGAUCGACCACGAGACGGGUCUGAAGUUGCUGGAAGCCCAGGCCGCCACCGGAGGCAUCGUGGACCUCAACAAGAAGGACCGCUUCUCGGUCCACAAGGCGGUGCAGUACGGCCUCAUUGACAAGAGUCAGAUGCAUCAGCUGCUCAACGCCCAGAAGGCCUUCACCGGGGUGGAAGACCCCGUGACCAAGGGGCGCCUGUCCGUAGGCCAGGCCGCCCAGAAGGGCUGGAUCCCAGAGGAGAGUGCCCUGUGGUACAUGGAAUCACAGCACGUCACAGGAGGGCUGGUAGACCCAAACAAGGCUGGCCGCAUCCCUAUCUCAGAAGCCAUCGGCACUGAUAUCAUUGAUGACAUGACAGCAAAGGAGCUGCAGGAUGAGUCCAAGCACCAUAAGGUAUUGGUGGACCCCGUCACGAAGGAGAAGAUCACCUUGCAGGAAGCAAUGGAUCGUUGCAAGAAGGACCCCAUCAAUGGACUCUUACUCUUACCUGCAGCAUCCACCGGUGCUGACAAUACUCCGUCUUACUCUAACCAUAACUACUCUCGGGUGUAGGUUAGGCAGAAAAAAGUGUGUCAUUUCGCCUGCAGCUAAGAUUUACAAGUGAAAAAUGGUGAUGAAGGUUUAACAUUGAUACAUACAGUACACCUUUUUUCUGAAUGCUUAACACAAAACCAUUUUUAACUUUUACUUUGAAUGUAAUAACAUAUAUAUUCACUAUGAUUCAGCGUGAAGGAGGUGCUGUGCUGUUGUGCUGGGCUUUAUUUCCUAUCACUGUCCAGUCUGGAUUGUUAUCCGAAUUAUUGAAUGAAAUGGAAACUUAAAUAUAUAUGUCUUUUUUCUUACAUUUCUAUCUUACCACACACUUUUUCAAUUAUAUUGUUGGCUGUAAUGUUCUGAACCAUAUUAAAGUAGCUCAUUUGAAAUAAAAUCAAAUGCCUGUGCAAUUUACUAUGUGAACUACAAUGAGUAUUUCAGUCACAUCAGUAAUACACAACCUUACAUUCAGUUAGGCCUAUGGUGGUUCCCUUUUGGCAAUGACAUAUCUUCAGUCCGUACACAUAUCCCAAAUAAUGUAUAAUAUUAUUAAUGAUAUUAGCCAUGGCCUAGAUGGGCUUUAGAUUGCAGGGUUACAGGUUCGUAUCCGACCCUUCCAGCCCCCUACCCUUUGAGCAAGGCACCUAACCCAACAAUGAUCCAGGGACUGUAACCAACACACUGUACUUAAAGUGGUAGUUCGCCAUUUUGCAUAUUAAGCCCUGUUUUUAGGUAGUCUGGGGUGAAUAACUAAAUCGCUAUGGAGAAAAGUGUCAGGUGAUGUAAUAGUGUCAUGUCAAAUAAUAUAGUCUAUCACAGUGGUUUUCAAAGUGGGGGC